CAGAAAUCUCUUAUAUGUGUCGGUGUUGGCGGCUUUCACAGCGAUUAUAUCUCAGCUACAAGAAUGAUGAGCAAGUCUGACCCUCACGCUCCGCGUCCUUUUAACGACCGCAAUAUUGAAAAGAUGAAAGAAAGAACGCCUCUGAAUCAGGUGGUGACUUAUAAAUCUAACAGCAUGCAGCGAAUCGUCCAGGUGAUGCACAGGAUGGCUCAGAAGAGCUUCAUAAGCGCCUGUCAGCUGUUCUGCCUGCCUUUAAAACCUCUGUCAUGUGAAAAAGUCAUGUGCUUCCCAACUCCAACUGACCAACCCAAGGAGGACACAAAUACACAAGUGGCAUUACGGAGUCCGCCAUCAACCGUUUUGAUCCUCAACAUCAGCAACUCCACUUUAAUUGACUGUGUCAUCGGAAAUGAGACCUAUCCAUCUACUGUGACAGAACGUCAGCCUCUGAUCCAUGAAUCUAAGCUUCACGUGCAUGAUCAGCUGAGGUGUAGCUGCAGCUGUGGACAGCAGGAGGCAGCACAGACGGCUUCCCCUCCUCCUUCUCCUCCUCCCCCUCCUCUCUGGCCUCCCCCUCCGUCAGCAGAGCAUCUGAGUGUCAGCAUCCACAGCUCCCACCUCAACUGCGUCAUCAUUGGAGACGACAACUACAUGCACGCUGAACAGAGCUAGCCAUUCAACUGAAACAGAAGGACCACAAGUGUGGGACUUUGGCCACAUGGAGCUGACACACUGUCACACACUACACACUUUAGCAACACUGUAGUCUUGGAUCACAAGGACAGUAAGUGAAGUGAAAGUCAACAUUAGGUCAAUUAUUUUUGGUCUCUAUCUGCUUCACUUAUUUAAUUUACUUUUUAUAUAUAUUUUAUUUGUUAUGGUUGCAUUUAAGUUUCUUAUUUGUUUGAUCCUGAAAUAUCAGAGAGCAGUGAAGUAUUUUUUGCAAGAUAGUCAGUUUAACAUAAUAAAAUGUGUGUGAAAUAUUUGAAUUAACCACUGCUGAUUAAGUGUCUGUUGAAAUGAACAGUUUUUCAUUAGACAAUAUGACUGACAUCACUGUUUUUGCUCCAGUCACAGUUGGACAGACUUUAAAUCACUCUUACAUUUGCAGACUUGACAUGUGCUAUUUUGAAGCACAACAUCAUUCCAGUGUUGUAAAACUUCCAGUACGCACAAACAAACGUCAGCCCCUCAAAACCUUUUCCUUAAAUAAUCCUCUCCCCUCAGGGUGUUUCCUGUUUGGCAAUGAUGGGACUUCUGCUCCUCUGUCAGAUGUGAGGACGAGCAGCAGGACUUUUUUUUUUACUGUUCUGAGUUUCUAAUGACUCAUCUCUCUGUAACUGAAUUCCAGUGGUGUGAUAAGGAAGAUAAAUUGCUGUUAAUUUUUUUGUAUCGGCUCACUAUACAUUGGGCAAUUGCAUAGACAAACAGAUGCUGUGUGUCUGUCAUUGAAAUCUCUAUCAUAUCAUGAUAAAGGCUUAAAAUGUAUGGCCUAUGGUCAGUCGACAGUAGACUACCCAGUAGUGUUCAUUGCUGGAAGUCAUUUGGAUUUCUUUCAUAUUUAUGUUUGAUAUUGUUUAUUGAUUGUCUGACCUUUCAUUCAGGACACGCUGUACAUAGUAAUGGAAAAAGAAGACUUGGAUUAAAGAUGCUUCUCUUGUACUUGCUGAUAUGUUCAUUAUCAGCACUGAUAUGCAACCUGAUACCAUCUGAGGGAAUUCUUCUGAAGCAUUGUAUGAGAUGAGUUGACUUUUGUUGCAUGUUUGAAAUGACAAGAAUCUGUUUUAAGACUUUGUAAUAAAGAAAGAAGUUAACUUUCA